AUGGUUGAAUCGAUCCAAGUAAACCCCUUCAUCACCUCUUUUCAAUUCGAGCCAAGACACAGCUAUCUUCUUGAGGUUACAGAAGAAGUUAAAAUACCUUUAGAUGCAUACCGAUUUUUCCCUUCAAGUAUAAUUUCAAGCAAUAAAAAUAAAAUUAUAGAGGACGAUAAAGUGUAUAUUGAUGGCAAAUACCUUUUGAGAAGAGUCUUCUAUGGAAAUUAGGAAUUUGAGGCCUAAGAACAAGAAGAACUGCAGAAAUUUAUCAAUCUUUUGAAAGAUAAUCAAGUUAGUUUAUCCAAAGAAAAUCUUCAAGCAGCUAAGUAUGAUUACAAAGAAAGUCUAGGAAAGUUAAUGCAGUGGUUUGAGUGGAGGUCAAGCGCUUUUCCCCUGAGAAUUACUGAUAAAGCAGAAAUCAUCAUAAAUUCCGGGUUAUUCUAUAUUCAUGGCAGAGAUAGAAACUUUAGACCUUUGAUUGUAGUGAGGCCUCAAAUGCUUACAAAGCUCAUGGCAAUGAGACAACUACAUACAUUUUUGAGAUCCAUGCAAGGACAGUACAGAUGUGUGGUAGUAAAUAUAUUCUUAUUGAAUGCCUCAAGGGGUUUUAAAAUGAUUUGGUCCACUGUUAAGGGCUUUUUAGAGACUCACACGACUAACAAAAUAGUAUUAACCGACAAGAAAACUCAUGAAAGACUAUUUGAGCAUUUUCAUCCUAGUUAGAUCGAGAAAAGGUAUGGAGGUGAGAGCCCUAAUAUAGAUUUUUUCUAGUGGCCACCUAGAAUGCCCAGAUAUGUUGUAGAUGAUGUAGUUAGAGAUAAAUUAGUGUCAGAAGAAAAAUAUGAGCAAAUCCUUGCAGGGAAUCCUGGCUACGUUAGAUUUUGA